AUGAAGGCCAAGGCAUAUUCUACUUUACAGAAGACGUAUGACCAGUCACACCUUAUAUGUUCCACGGCUGUAUACUAUGAAAGCCAGGGAAACGACGACGAGGCUCUGAGAUGUUGGCGCGAGUGUCUUUCUCAACUCCGAGGUCAUAAUACUGCGGGCUAUCGACCUUGCACCGAAACCGAGAGAACACUUCUGCAUUCGCUGAAAACAAUGCAAGAUCAUUGUCAGGAAAAGGUUGACAUUUUGCAAACAAUGUUAACGAGCAAGAAAAAUAUCCAGAAUAAUCAAAUGAGAAAUACUGGUGGCAAUCUGGAGAAGAUUGAUCCUACGAAGCCUUUACCCACAGAGUGUGCAACACCGUCUCCUACCCCGCCGGCACUACCAGAGCGGCCACAUCCGCCUCGUGCUUCUACUGCGAUGUCUCCGUCGUCACUUGGGGUAUAUUCUACACGUAGCUUUCAUUCGAUCAGAACGAUUCCCCUCGUGGGUGUCUCAGGAUUAUCACGAACACCUAAUCCAGAAAAAAGAGCGUUUCUAUCAACCCUACGAUCCUCCAAAAAGGAAAAGAAAAGUGAGACCUCACCUAAACCAGAGGGCGUUACAGCUGUGAAAGCAGCUGCCCUUGCUUGGAACUCUCUAUCGCGAGCCGAGGGAGAAUCCUUCGCUCGUUCACUUUCAGUCCCAUUAGCGGACAAUGUGCACCAUACCAGAAAUCAUGAUGGGGCUUCUGCAUCAACAUUUGAUCUUCCUAACAGCCUACAUAUCACAUCCUAUCAACAGCGUAGCCUGCCUAGUCUUAUCCCACCCAAGGGGGUGCACCGCUCCUAUGAUGCGGUAGUUCCUCUCGGAAAUUCUGGCCAACCCUCCCUUGGUCCUUUGCCUCCACCCCCUCCACCACAUAAGUGUCCCAUAGGUAGAUCCUUGACUUCAUCUCAUGAAUCCCCUAUGGGCUUAGGAGAUGUCCACACUUCCAAACAUUACCAUCAGUUGGACCUGGGUGUCUCGGUGCCCAUUACUUCUACUACCACUACUGCUUCUGCUGCUGCUACUACUGCUACUACUACGCCAGAACUGAACCUCUUGAAAUCUAGCGUUAAACGUUCAAUGAUAACGAACGUGAAUUCACCCCUACCCAGAAAGCCAGUUCAUCAUACUCUGCAGAUAGCUUCAAUGGAGCGAAAUAACCAGCGGAACCUGCCAAUUCUCAAAGAUGAUCUCCAUCAGACGAGCUCUCAACAGUUUGGCCAAAUACUCGAGAGAGAAAACAAUACUUAUAGCGCCGGGAAUACUUCUCAAGAGACUGUAUUCCAAGAUGACGCCGCGACAGAACAGGGUAAUCGAAUAGCUAAUGCACUUAAGAUGAUUGGUAAAGGGGUGGAUAUGCAGGCUGCCUUGCAAGUAGCCAAUGAGAUAGUCAUUCAGGGGGAUGAGGUCAAGUGGGAUGACAUUGCCGGGCUAGACGCCGCAAAACUAGCUUUGAAGGAGGCCGUUGUCUAUCCAUUCUUGAGGCCUGACCUAUUUAGUGGCCUAAGGGAGCCUGUAAGAGGGAUGCUACUGUUCGGCCCUCCAGGCACUGGUAAAACGAUGAUUGCCAGAGCUGUUGCGACGGAAUCGAAAUCCACGUUCUUCUCGAUAUCGGCAUCUUCUUUGACGUCUAAAUAUCUUGGUGAGUCGGAGAAGCUUGUUCGAGCUCUCUUCGCUCUAGCCAAAGCACUUGCACCAAGUAUCAUAUUUGUAGAUGAGAUAGAUUCCCUUCUUUCUUCUAGGAAUGGGAACGGUGAACAUGAGGCUACCCGGCGGAUCAAGACGGAAUUUUUGAUCCAGUGGUCUGAUUUAACAAGAGCUGCCGCCGGGAAUGACACUAAAAUAGGAGAUGCCUCAAGAGUUUUAGUAUUGGCUGCUACAAACUUACCUUGGGCGAUUGACGAUGCUGCUAGGCGAAGGUUCGUUCGUAGGCAGUAUAUUCCUUUACCAGAGGGAUCAACGCGGGAAAAACAACUUUUACGACUAUUGAGCAACCAGAAAUAUAAACUUAAUCACGAAGAAAUGGAGCAUCUUGUUAGGCUUACUGACGGCUUUUCCGGCUCAGACUUGACUGCGUUGGCAAAGGAUGCUGCUAUGGGGCCAUUACGCAGUCUCGGGGAGGCAUUACUUCAGAUGCAGAAAGAUGACAUUCGUCCGAUAACCUUCUCAGACUUUGAAGCCAGCCUUACUUCGAUAAGACCCAGCGUAAGUAAAGAAGGACUACAAUUGUUUGAAGAUUGGUCAAAAAAGUAUGGAGAGCAAGUGUGA